GUGCCGUCCACGUUCGUCAUGCACAGUUCAUGCACUAAUCCUACCUUGCGGUCCAACUAAUGGAUCUAAUUUCCAUGUCAUUGUCUUGAACAUUCCUGUAUCACAAUUACCUCAUCAUGACCACCGAAGGUGAGGGGUCGACAACGACCCACCCUUCACAGUCUCUCAACCUGGAUUCGGAUCAAACGCCGGUGGAAUGCCCCACCAUCUCCCAGAUAGUCAGCGACGUCGCGUUAUACAAGCAAGUCAUUGAAGACCCAGAGAAAGCUUCCCUUGUGCUAGACAAUGAAAGCAUCAAGAACUUUACUGAGCUUGUCGGGAAGGAUCUAGAUACUCCGGAAAGGUCUUUGGCUGAUCGAUUCGCUCAACUGUCUGUGGAGGAUCUCAAUUGGAUCGAGGAAAAACCGAAGAGGUAUACCGAAGAGCCUGACGGGUAUGCAGAGGACGAGAAUGCGUCAGUCGAGUCGGAUGCCACGACCGUCAGUGUUACGCCCAUAACUGAAGACGAACGGCAGAAUAUGUUGGCAUUAAAGUUACCACCAGAGGAGAUCGUGUCUCUUCUCAGAGAAGAGUUUGGUGACUUGGCGCCGCCAGAAAUCGAAGAGCGUUUGCUCAUCGAAACUGACGCGGCGCUUGUACAAGAUGUGAUUGUCCUCGGUGUUAUACAUGUCACAACCCAUCGACUCUCAUUUCAUGCCUCGCUUCCCGAAUCACGUCCAGACUUGUUUCCCUCUGGCGGCGUGAUCAAAUCAGGUUCGGCUGUUAUCCAUCGAACGGGGCUGCAUAGGAAACGUCGAGUGUGGUUGGAACUUUCCCAGGACUUCUUGUGCUCGUUCCCUUCCGCGAGCGAGGAUGAUAGGAUACGUCCUCUGAAGAGCUUCCUUCUAUCUUCAAUGGUGGCACGACCAGAAGACAUUCACCAUCCACGCUUUAUCCGCGUGUUUCUUUCUGGAAACAAUGUCAGAGAAGAAAUUGUUCUUGAGUUUGACACACUUGAAGCAACUCGAGAGUGGAGACGAGAGUUGAUGGGAGCGAUAUUUCUCUACAAACACAAACUUAUGGCCUCGCUUAAGCCUUCAGAUACGGAAGAUUCUGACGGGGUCAAGAUCAGUAUCCCCCUGCCCUGCAUUGAAGGUAUCAAUCAUGGUCGUUUCGCGGAUCUGUUGCAUUUGGUAACUCUGCAGGUUGAUUGCGAGAAUCACAAUCAUAACGAGGCAAACGCUUCUAACGGGAAACGAACUAUGCACUCGGAACCUUCCCAUGGCCUCCAGUCUAUUCAGUUCGGCAUCGCGUCGUUUGACAUCACUCUGGACGGGCUAGAGCAAAUCGUGGAAACGAGCAAAAAACGAGUAUUCGCAGACGAUGGUUCACCGCUCAGGACAAAAGUGAUUGUCGAUUAUGCUUCAGUCACUUUGAACGACCUGCAGCAGUGUAGAGCAGGUAUCCUGACAGAUGAAACCGAUGAUGGGUCAAAAGGCAAGCUCGUUUGUGACAUGCUUGGGAUUCCAUAUGGUCCGAAUAUUUGGAUGACACAGGCCCGUCUUCAUUCGGGACCAAUUACUUCCGGGUACCUCGUAGUUUCUCCUCGAUGGAUCGGUUUUUGGAGUAGGUCAUUGACUCUGGAAGAUGAGAAAUAUCGUAUCCAGGUUUUAGCGAUCCGUUCAGUUAGCACUACCGAGCCCUGGUACAAAGGCAUUCCCAAGUAUGGGCUUCAAUUGGACAUUCAAGGCCAAUCCAGCCUUAGAUUUCAAUUUCGUUCAGAAGCUAACAGGAAUGAUGCCCUGCGGAAAGUCCGAGAAGCAGUAGAGCAACUACCUAUGUUGUCUCCUCCAUCAACGCCUUCUUCACGAUCUCUCGUAUUUGUAUCCAGGUCUAAUUCGCCGUCUUCUACGCCUACUCCGAAUAGUAGUUUUUCUGCGCCCACUACCCCCGCAUCCCCUGCCACACCGUCCGCCCGACGCUCCUCCGCCAUCCUCGCACCCAUCUCACGUACAGUCAACCACCCAGCUCGUCGAAAAAUUCGUAUGAACUCGGACCUCAUCCUCCGUCUACCUAAGGCCGUAAACCUGCCCUCAAAUUUGUUCUAUUCCAUGCCGCCUAUGCAUUUUGUUUGCUUUACGAUUGGAAGCAGAGGCGACGUCCAGCCGUAUAUCGCGUUGGGCCUCGGGCUGAUCAAAGAUGGACAUAAGGUGACCAUUGUUACACAUAAGGAGUAUAAGAAGUGGGUGGAGGACUUUGGGAUCGGGCAUAGGACUGCAGGUGGGGAUCCCGGGCAGUUGAUGAAAUUGAGUGUGGAGAAUAAGAUGUUCUCACCUCAAUUCUUCAAGGAGAGCAUAUUGAAUUUCCGAUCAUGGCUGGACCAACUGCUUCGGGAUGCUUGGGAACAAUGCAGCGAUGCGCAGGUUUUGCUCGAGAGCCCCUACUCAUUUGCAGGGGUUCACAUCGCCGAGGCACUUUCGAUACCCUAUUUUCGUGUGUGCACAAUGCCUUGGACGAAGACCACUCAGUUCCCUCAUCCGUUCAUCAGCCCGCCUGUGGAAACACCUAAGUUUAAUCGGAUCUCUUACGUGCUUUUUGAUAACGUCAUAUGGGCUGCAACCGCACAACAAAUCAAUCGUUGGCGUCGGGAGGUGUUGCAUCUGGAACCCACGGACAUGACACAUUCGGCACAAGCCAAGAUACCCAUCAUGUACAACUUCUCUUCGUCGGUGGUUCCGAAGCCGAUGGAUUGGACCGAAAUGGCGUACCCUUCUGGCUACUGGUUCUUGGAUAAUCCCGAUGGAUCAAACUGGACUCCGUCACCCUCAUUGCUCUCUUUCAUGUCUCAAGCGCGUACAGAUGGGAAACCUCUCGUGUACAUUGGGUUUGGAAGUAUCACUGUACCUAAUCCUGCAGAAGUUACCCAGAGAAUAUUUGCUGCUGUUGUUAAAAGUGGUGUGAGGGCGAUUAUUUCGAAGGGUUGGAGCGCGCGUAUGACACAACAAGGUGAUCUUACCGGUAAACCAGUUGAGGUAGAUGCUGUCCCAGAGGAGUGUCAUGUACUCAACGAGAUUCCGCACGACUGGCUGUUCCCGAAAGUCGACGCUGCGCUACACCAUGGAGGUGCUGGUACGACAAGUGCCAGUUUGCGAGCGGGGAUACCGACACUGAUCAAACCGUGGUUUGGAGAUCAGUUCUUUUGGGCUUCGAGAGUCCAAAAACUCGGCGUACGUUCUUCUUUCUUUCAACAUGGUACUCUUUUGAUGAGUACGGAUGUGCAUGUAAAGGCCGGAUUGAAAGUCCCUAGUUUACGGGUGGGGGACUUGGCGGAUGCGUUGACACGGGCUACUUCGGAUAGGAUUAUGAAGGAGAAGGCGGCGAUGGUCGGGGAGAAGAUACGUUCCGAAGAUGGAGUACUGAACGCUAUUCAGUUCAUGUACGUGUACUUGCCGAGGGCAACGCGUACUGCGCAGCAUCUGCCUGCCGAGUCGGUAGAAGUCCACCAAGACCUGGAAGUGGCUACGGUGAGCAGAGGUGGAGUUGAAGGCGAUGCGAACCCAGCUGGACUGCGGGCUAUUGUUACCCAGUAUUCCCACUUUUCGAGUUGCAAGCUGCAUUCAUGAUUGGAAGUUUUCGUUCGCUAUUUAUAUUGGAUGGUCCUUCGCUCUCUGGAUACGUCUUCUCUUUAGCAUAUAAUAUCCAAAGCAUAGUUUUAAGAUUAACCCUGUAGAUACCUAGAAGUCUGUUGUAUGUACAGUUUGUAUAAUAAACGUGCAUGUAUCGUUUUAGAGAUUGUAUAGACUGUACUGCCUUUUGGACUGUCAAUGUCAUCCGAGAAGAGACCCUCGGAGCUAU